GCUUCUGAAAGAGUUUCCAAACUUGGCAACUCCGGAUGACAUAAGUCAAAUCCCCUCCAGAGGAUUCAGACCACUCAGACCACUGACACCUAAAAUUCACUGGGAUUGGGGGCUUGAGCAAAGCCAUGGGCUCCCCAGUCUUACAGCUGUAUGUAGUCCUCUGUCUGGGAGCCUCCUUGGGAUCUGGCAGUCCCAUCAUGAGCCUGGAGGUCUCUCCCCUGGAAGAAGAUCUGCCCCUGCUGGAUGAUGUUUUUUCAGAGCAGGAUGGUGUUGACUUUACUACUCUGCUAGAGAGCGUGAAAAAUGAAUUUCUGAAGACAUUGAACCUGUCUGACAUCCCCCUGCACAAUUCGGCCAAGGUCGACCCACCAGAGUACAUGUUAGAACUAUAUAACAGGUUUGCCACUGAUCGGACCUCGAUGCCAUCUGCCAACAUCAUUAGAAGUUUCAAAAAUGAAGAUCUCUUUUCUCAACCAACCAACUUUAAUGGACUCCAAAAAUAUCAACUCCUCUUCAACGUGUCCAUCCCACACCAUGAAGAGAUUGUCAUGGCUGAGCUCAGACUCUAUGCCUUGGCCCAGUGGAGCCACCUACUAUAUGAUGGAGUGGAACGAAAAGUGACCAUUUUUGAAGUACAAGAAAAUGAAGGAGAGGAAAGAAAAAUGCUGGUUUUGGUGUCAGGAGAAAUCUAUGGAACCAGUAGUGAGUGGGAAGCUUUUGAUGUCACUGAUGCCAUCAGACAUUGGCGAAGGUCAGGUUCUACUACACACCGGCUAGAAGUCCACAUAGAGAGCAGAAAUGAGGGGGCUGAGUCUUCAGAAAGAAGUCAGCCAGAGAUAGAUGUCAGUGCCCAGAACAAGCAUGUCCCUUUGCUUAUCGUGUUUUCUGACGACCAGAGUAAUGACAAAAAGGAGGAGAAAGAGGAGUUGAGCGACAUGAUAGAUCAUGAGGACCUUCUGGAACUGGACAACCUAGAUACUGAUAAUUUCCAUGAUGGUCCUGGUGAAGAAGCUCUAUUGCAGAUGAGAUCCAAUAUUAUCUAUGAUUCCACUGCCCGAAUUAGGAGAAAUGCAAAAGGGAACUAUUGUAAAAAGACUCCACUCUAUAUUGACUUCAAGGAAAUUGGUUGGGAUUCCUGGAUUAUAGCUCCUCCAGGAUAUGAAGCAUACGAGUGCCGGGGAGUUUGUUCUUACCCUCUGGCAGAGCACCUAACACCCACAAAACAUGCCAUCAUCCAAGCUCUAGUCCACCUGAAGAAUCCUCAGAAAGCUGCCAAAGCUUGCUGCGUGCCCACCAAACUGGAUCCCAUCUCUAUCCUCUACUUAGACAAAGGGGUUGUCACCUACAAGUUUAAAUAUGAAGGCAUGGCUGUAUCAGAAUGUGGCUGUAGAUAGCUAAUGAGAGAGAAAGCAGUCAUGUACAAGUGGUAGCAUAUUUAAGAACUGUAAAUUUUGUACAUUUUGAGCGCCUAUUUAAUAAGAUUAUUUAAAGAGGGGUGUAAAGAAAACAGAAGGAGACUUACUCAGAAGAAUAGGUAGGUUGACUGGUUGUAGAAAAUGUAUAUUUUGCUAUUCAGCCUGCUUCUUCUGGGGAGUUUUCCUUGUAGUUGGCCAUUUCCAGGCAAUCUUCUUCUAAGUGAAAAUGGCAAAUUCAAAUUAUGAUUUCUAAACAUCCUCCAUACAAUGUCUCACACAGCAAAUGACCCCCAAGAAGAAAAAUAAAGUUGAUAUGUACAUCUACAUGCAUAUCCAUAUAUGUACAUAAGCAUCUGUAUGUAUAUGUAGAUGCUACAGUAUUUAAGGAACCAUGUCUUCACCUCUGUGUUCCCCCACUGCCAGAGGUCUCAAAUGCCUACACCCCUUGGGAGAUGUUUUUAUUAGUUGCUAUGGCUAAGAAAAUUCAUUAUUUGUGGCUAGCGCUCCAGUAUUGAACCUCCAGGCAUUUAGUUAACCUAGUCCCUGAAAAGCAGAGUCAGAGUCCAUUGCUGGGAUCUGACCUGCUAGAAUUUGUGUUCUGUUGUCUUCAAGAACCCAGGGGCAGCUGGGUGGCUCAGUGCAUUGAGAGCCAGGCCUAGAGAUAGGAGGCCCUGAGUUCAGAUCUGUCCUCAGACACGUCCUAAUUAUAUCACCUUGGGCAAAUCAUUUCAUUCCCAAUGCCUAGCCCUUACCAUUCUUUUGUCUUGGAACUGAUUUACAGUAUUGAUUCUAAGACUGAAGGUAAGGGUCUCUUUUAUACCAAGAGUACAUAUCAAAGGAUUCCAGUAAUCAAUAUAUGUGUAUGCAUUUGGGUGUGUUUCUAAAUAUAUACCCAUUUGUACCUAUCAAAGUAGUAACUUCAUAGGGUCACAACUUCAGAGAUCAUCUAGCCCAAAUCAAUCAUUUUAUAGAUGAAAAAACUGAAGCCUAGGGAGGUUAAAUGUUUUACCCAAGACCACACAGGUUUAAACUAGACAUAUAGACAUAUAUAGAGAUAUGUAUAUACAUGUCAAUAUAGAUAAAUAUAUCUAUAUGUAUGUAUAAAAUGCCUCUAAGAUUCCUAUAUUUGAGCAUAAUUUUGUAAUUCUAUCUCAAACUAAUACAGUUUCUCAUAUCUCAAAUGAAAAUGUCUUCACCAUUCUGUUGGCCUUCCCUCUAAUGGAAGGUCCAAGAGCUGAUGCUGAGUACUUGUACUGGGGAGGUGGUAUUUGAUAGGGAAUUUACUUGACUUAGAGUCAGCGUAGACCACAUGGGACAACAACAGUGAACAGAUGAUGGGGUAGGUUUUGUCAAGAUGGCAUUUAGUAAGGAAAAAGGAAAGAACUUGGAACUUAUGUUUAGAGACCAAGACCCAUCCCCAGGGUCACAGGCCCUGUAGGAAUUAUGUUUUGUCUUUCAUGUUCUCAGGAAAGCAGAGUUCCUGGCUGGUAUCUGCUGUUCUGGUUAUUUCAUUGUGGUCUGGAGGGACUCUGCUGUAGGUUCAGCUAUGAGGUGGCCACUGAAGAGAACAGACUUUAGGUUACUUCAUAGAUUAUGUCAGAGUCACCCCAGCCCAGCCCAGCCCAGCCCAGAAAGGUGGCAGGUCAGGGAAGGUAGAAUCUCUCAUAAAGGUGGGAGAGAUUGGGAUGGUGAAAUGGGUCUAAACCCAAGACAUCUCUAGAAGUUUUGUUGUUGGUUUUAUUUUUAAUAAGACCCUUGAUAGAAGCUCGAUUUGAUGUGAUUUGCCUUUUCCUGGUAAACAAUAAAUGCAGAAAAGUAUGAUGAAUUGAGGGUUCUAGUGAGCUGUGAUACAUUUUGUCCUUAUUCUUGCGUAAGUUUAGUGACUUCUGGAGAGAGAGAAAAGGAAGGAGCAAUCCACAUAAGUAUUGAAUGAAAACAUCUGCAAGCUCCUCAUUCUGCUCCCCACCCCCAUGUGUAGUGGUGUCACAUGCCAUGUUUCCACCACUCUUCUGCAACAAAUGGAGAUGAUAAGAAGGUGUCAGAGCUGAAAAACAAUAGACCUUUCACUUUAUUUAUACUAAGGUGCAAAUUUGUCAGAUUCUUGGGAAAGUCUAACUGCCUGAUGAUCCCUUCUCUGGUCACCAUCAACUCCUACUUCAUGCAUCCAUGCAUAUGCUGUACAUUUUUAUGGCAAAAUUAUCUUCCCUGGAAGUGAUAAAGGACUGUCUCUGAAAAGGCUAAUUCUAACCAUUUAUGGGAAUCCAUAUGAAAAAAACUGUCAGUUGACAGAACACCCAUGUGAAUUCUUCUCUUCUCCCCACUAUUUAUUGAUGUAUUUAUUGUUGUAAUAUACUGUAGAAUACUAAAUGGUUUAUUUUGUUUUGUUCAUAUUUCACUCUUGGGGGGAAAAAAACUUUUAUGGAAUCAUCAGACCCUAGGCAAAGCUUCUCAAAUGUCACCUUUCUUGGAUGGAUAAGGACUCAUUUAUAGCACAUAAAGUGUGGCCUAGAGUUUGAUUUUUUCCCACUUUGAACUCUUGUUACUUUAGAUAGCCUUCCCAUUAUGCCAUCUAUUUUACAUGCUAUAAAUCUCUUGAGAUAAAUGAUUUUUUGUAAAUAGUGCAAGUUGAACUCAAGUGGGAAGGUUAUAAAAAAAAGUUAGCCAAUAAAUGUAGCUUGUCUUAUGUCUAUAUGUUAGCAUAUUGUCCUUUCUGUAAUGCAAUGUAACUGCUCACAUAACACACCUCCAAAAAGGAGAGACAUGCUUUAAGGCUAGUGGGAGGUUCUUCUCCAUUGGAAGAAGUUCAUCACAAGUUGACAGAAGGAUGAUGCAUUUUUCAACCAUGGCAAUUCUUGAACACCAUCUACUGAUGACAAAUAGGUUGUAAUCUGAAUGGGUGGAGAGAAUGAAUGAAAUCACAGAUUCCUGAUGUUUGAAAGUAAUGUAAAAGCAAGAGCCAUUAGCCGGUGCACUGACUAAUAUCAGAUUCUUUUGGUUCUCAGGCACUUUCUUCCCCAGAUAGACCACUUUGUUAUAAUGGACAGUCAUUUCAGUAAAGUUACUGAGCAAUGCAGUUUGAAUCAACUGAGGAAUUGACUAUCAAUGGUCCAAAUGACUCAUCUAGGGGCCCCAUGUAGAUGUGGCCUCAAAACAUUUAAUUUACUCUUGGGACAGGACUUAGAUAUAUGCCCUGGAGAAAAAUUAACUAAAAACCUCAGUCUUGAGAUGUUGGCAUAUGAAGGAAAUUCUGCUUUAUCUCUUAAGAUAUCAUAUACCAUUUCUUACAGGAGUCAUCACCUUCACUACAGAUAUUAUUUAUGGAAAACCCAUAGAGAGUUGAAUAAUAGAAUCUUUGAUCAUUGAGUCCAACAGCUUAGACAACAAAGAAUUCUCUCACAAUGUUCCUGGCUGGUGGUCAUCUAUCCUUUAUUGGAAUACUUCCAGUGAUAGAGCACUUAUACAUCCCCAAGGCAUCCUGCUCUCCUAUUGAAUAUGACAGUAUUUAAGAAGAUCCCCUUUAUAUAGAAGCAAAAUUUACUUCCCUGUAAGUUCCACCCAUUAUUCCAAAUUCUACCCUUUUGAGUCAACUUGGACAAACCUAAUCCUGCUUCCCAUGACAAUCCUUAAAAGAGCCGCCAAAAAAGACCUUCUUUUCUUUAGCAAGUUGUCCAGUUAGUUUGUGAGCUCAUUGAAGUCAAGGAUUAUCUUUUGCCUUUUUUUGUAUCCCCGGAGCUCAGCUGAGUGCAUGGCACCUAGUAGAUGCGUAAUAAAUGUUGAUUGGUUGAUUGAUUGAUUGAUUGAUUGAUUAAUGACCAUUGGCUGGCUGAAGAGAAAAAAUUAAUUCAUAUACUAUGUUUCCUACUUUUGUUAAGGCCAUAAGUAUUACAUCAUAGAGUUUGUAUCAGUUCAAUUUAGAGUCAUAUUUCACAUUCUAUGAAAAAAGAAAGUAACUCAAUGACAUAAACUCUGCUAACUUAAUUACUCCAACCAAGAAAAUUUCUCAUCAUUAGAGUCUAAGGCAUCGAUGAGAAAUUUUCUUGGUUUCUAAGGCUUAGACAGAAGGAAGUAAUAUAUGAUAUCAGAAGCAAUGAGAAAGAAAAAGUUUGUCUUUUCCACAUAAUUCCAAGAAUGUAAGCUCCAAGAGAGCAGACUGUCAUAUCUGGACUUUGUGCCUUCCUGAGUUCAUACAUUGUGUUCUACACACAGUAGAUGCUUAUUAAAUGUUUGUUGAAUUUUUUAUUUUGAAAAUAAUUUAUUAUAUAUGAGAAUAAGAGAUUCAUUAUUCUGUGUACAUAAUCUAAAGCUUAAAGGUUAUCAAGCCAUUAUGGUUUUGUUUAUGGUCUGAAGCUCUGAAUUCAUCAGUACAGUGAACCUUCAACAUGGAAAAUCAAUCCUUCCACCUCUGCAGAAUGGCAACUGCCCAUAAACUAUAGCCUUUGAGAAUAAUUGGAUCACUAAGGUUAAGUGGCUUGCUCAAGGUCACAUAGCUAACAUGUUUCAGAACUAGACCUUCCUAGUCCUAACAUGGGUUCUCUACCCACCAUUAGCAUACUGCUUUUCACCAGAGAUUUCUAUUCGUUUGUUUUUUAUUAUAAACUUCCUGUGGGUACCUGACUUUGUUAGCCUCGAAUCCACUUUCAAAAUGGAAAACAAUCAGCAUAAUGUAAUAGUGCUCAUUUGUUGAGCAGCCACAAACAUGUCCUUUGGAAAGAAUCAAUGGUGUUAUGAUUAUACAGGAUCUAAUUCAUUACUUUCAGGUUCUCUUGUGAAAAAUAAUUUCUUUACACUAAUUCCUAGCAUGAAACCAAGUCAGAAACUAACUGCUAAUGAACCAAACGUGUGCAUUCAGAAAAAGUCACCUUGUAGAAUAAAAAUAGAAGCUGAGUAUUUUGGGAAAUGCUGUUUGCUGCUUAAUUUAACUUUAAAAGCCAUUUCUAAUUUUGUCCAUUUGGUUUCCUCUCUCAUCAAUAGAAUAUUACUUAGAAAUUCAAUGGCCAAUUUCAGUUCAAAACCUUAGCAAAACAUAAUUUCAAGAAACAGUCAACAGAUAACUCUGAAUAUUUAGACCACCCAUGCUGACCACUACCAUUUUUUGUUACCUAAUACAUUACUUUCUCAUUGUUGGCAACUGUGUUUGCAUGGAUUAGAGAUUGGAUAUCUUAUUCUUCAGGAAAUUUGCUUUGUUUCUCUUUUGAUGUAGGAUAUUAGAGUUGGAAAAAAACAUUGAAAUGUUCUCAUCUAAUCCUCUCAUUGUACAGUUGGGCAAACUGAGAUCAAGGAAGAACUGAUUUGCCCUAAUUUAAUCAGAUAGUAAGAGGCAAAACUGAAAUUUGAACUCAACUCUUCUAACUUUGAAACUAGUCCUCUUUGUAAUAGCUUGGGUGAUAUCUAAUUCAGGGAAAAUAUUAAGGGUUGUUUUCAGUGAUAUUUGAUAAUCAUGUUUAGGUAAUGAGAAUAAUUUUUGAAAUCAAGAAAGAAAAGGAAGAAAAAUGUAAUACUGUUCCACAUUUUAAAGGUAUCAUAAACACAAUAUGAGCACAAAAUUCAAAAUGCAAACUUGUUCAUCUCUCUUGUGACAUGGGAAAACAAUAAAAUAAGGAAUGGCUAUUGAAAUGUCUUUUGUGUCACUUGAGUCAUAUGUGUUCAAUAUAGU